AUGUGUAGAAUGAAAUCUACAGCAUGUCAUCAGCAGACAGUUGUAGCUAGUUCUUCUAGCAAUGAGGAGGACGUAUCCUUAGGUACUGAUCACGGCAAGGAAUCUACGCCAACUUGUGAUGUUGCCUCUUCUUGCGCGGUUUCACAGCGUAGAAGCAGUUUGUGGAAAAGGGAGGCAGCAAGCUUGGGGAAGGAACUGCAGUGCUUGCAAGAAUAUCAUCGGCAAUUGAUGGGAGAAGAACUGUCUGGUUUGAGCAUCGAAGAUAUAGAAAAUCUAGAAAACCAGCUGGAGAAGAGUAUGAAAGGUGUUCGAAUUAAAAAGGAACAAAUUUUAACUGAUGAAAUCAAAGAGAUGAGCCAAAAGGGCAAUCUAAUUUAUCAAGAAAACCUAGAACUGCAUAAGAAGGUUGACCUCAUCGGUCAAGAAAAUGCAGAUUUGCGUAGGGUACUAGUCUUGGCAACACAUGUAUCACUAAGAAAUUUUAUCCAUCUCCCAUUCAACUCUGAACUUCACUUUUUACCACGAAAUAAAGAACCUACAAAGAAUUUAUACACACAUUCUUCAUAG